UUGCAAAUCCCUAGCCUCCCCUUACCCCCAGAGGACUGCUUCCACACAAAUACCUCUCUACAACAUGAACGUUUUUUAGAAACUACCCCAGUCUCUCUCCCCACCUGCUGACCCCUUGCUACCUAUGCCCCAGGUCUUACUCUCCCUUUUCUAAAGGUUGAGGCCUACUGGGCCAAGGGAGCUGGGUGAUGCCUCUGUGGUCCAGCAUCUGUGGCCUCUCCCCACCACGGAUCUUCCCUUCGUUGCUUGUGGUGGUAGCUUUGGUGGGGUUGCUACCCGUUCUCAGGAGCCAUGGCCUCCAGCCCAGCCCUACUGCCAGCACCAUCCGGGGCUCAGAGCCUCCACGGGAACGCUCAAUUGGAGAUGUCACCACUGCCCCACCAGAGGUCAUCCCAGAAAGCCGCCCUGUUAAUCAUUCCGUCACUGAAAACAUCAUAAAGCCACGAAAGCCCUUUCCAGUCCUGGGCAUUGACUACGGACAUGUGCGCACACCCUUUGAGAUUGCACUCUGGAUCCUCUUGGCCUGCCUCAUGAAGAUAGGUUUCCAUGUGAUCCCCACUAUCUCCAGCAUCGUCCCCGAGAGCUGCCUGCUGAUCGUGGUGGGGCUGCUAGUGGGGGGCCUGAUCAAGGGCGUGGGCGAGAAGCCCCCGCUCCUGCAGUCAGACAUCUUCUUCCUCUUCCUGCUGCCGCCCAUCAUCCUGGACGCGGGCUAUUUCCUACCGCUGCGGCAGUUCACGGAGAACCUGGGCACCAUCCUGAUCUUCGCCGUGGUCGGCACGCUGUGGAAUGCCUUCUUCCUGGGCGGCCUCAUGUACGCCGUGUGUCUGGUGGGCGGCGAACAGAUCAACAACAUCGGCCUGCUGGACAACCUGCUCUUCGGCAGCAUCAUCUCGGCCGUGGACCCUGUGGCCGUGCUUGCCGUCUUUGAGGAGAUCCACAUCAACGAGCUGCUGCAUAUCCUCGUCUUCGGGGAGUCCCUGCUCAAUGACGCCGUCACUGUGGUCCUGUACCACCUCUUUGAGGAGUUUGCCAACUAUGACCGCAUAGGCAUCGUGGACAUCAUCCUCGGCUUCCUCAGCUUCUUCGUGGUGGCCCUGGGCGGGGUGUUUGUGGGCGUGGUCUAUGGGGUCAUUGCAGCCUUCACCUCUCGAUUCACCUCCCAUAUCCGUGUCAUCGAGCCGCUCUUCGUCUUCCUGUACAGCUACAUGGCCUAUCUGUCAGCCGAGCUAUUCCACCUGUCAGGCAUCAUGGCACUCAUCGCCUCGGGAGUGGUGAUGCGCCCCUACGUGGAAGCCAACAUCUCUCACAAAUCCCACACGACCAUCAAGUACUUUCUGAAGAUGUGGAGCAGCGUCAGUGAGACCCUCAUCUUCAUAUUCCUUGGGGUCUCCACCGUGGCUGGCUCUCAUCACUGGAACUGGACCUUUGUCAUCAGCACUCUGCUCUUCUGUCUCAUCGCCCGAGUGCUGGGUGUGUUGGGCUUGACCUGGUUCAUCAACAAGUUCCGCAUAGUGAAGCUGACACCUAAAGACCAGUUCAUCAUCGCCUACGGGGGCCUACGCGGGGCCAUUGCCUUCUCCCUGGGCUACCUCCUGGACAAGAAGCACUUCCCCAUGUGUGACCUCUUCCUCACUGCCAUCAUCACAGUCAUCUUCUUCACCGUCUUUGUGCAGGGUAUGACCAUUCGGCCCCUGGUAGACCUGUUGGCUGUGAAGAAAAAGCAAGAAACAAAACGGUCCAUCAAUGAGGAGAUCCAUACACAGUUCCUGGACCACCUUCUGACAGGCAUCGAGGACAUCUGUGGCCACUACGGCCAUCAUCACUGGAAGGACAAGCUCAACCGGUUUAAUAAGAAGUAUGUGAAGAAGUGUCUGAUAGCUGGUGAGCGCUCCAAAGAGCCCCAGCUCAUUGCCUUCUACCACAAGAUGGAGAUGAAGCAGGCUAUCGAGCUGGUAGAAAGCGGGGGCAUGGGGAAGAUCCCCUCCGCCGUCUCCACCGUCUCCAUGCAGAAUAUCCACCCUAAGGCCCUGCCUGCUGAGCGCAUCCUGCCAGCCCUGUCCAAGGACAAGGAGGAGGAGAUUCGGAAAAUCCUGAGGAACAACUUGCAGAAGACCAGGCAGCGGCUGCGGUCCUACAACAGACACACCCUCGUGGCAGACCCCUAUGAGGAGGCCUGGAACCAGAUGCUUCUCCGGAGGCAGAAGGCCCGGCAGCUGGAGCAGAAGAUCAAUAACUACCUGACAGUGCCGGCCCACAAGCUGGACUCACCCACCAUGUCUCGGGCCCGUAUCGGCUCAGACCCACUGGCCUAUGAGCCAAAGGCAGACCUGCCUGUUAUCACCAUCGACCCAGCCUCCCCGCAGUCGCCCGAGUCUGUGGACCUGGUGAAUGAGGAGCUGAAGGGCAACGUCCUGGGCCUGAGCCGGGAUCCGGGAAGCAUUGCUGAGGACAACGAGGAGGAUGAUGGCAUUGUAAUGCGGACCAAGGAGCCCUCAUCCCCAGGCACAGAUGAUGUCUUCACCCCUGGGCCGAAUGACAGUCCCAGCUCCCAGAGAAUACAGCGCUGCCUCAGUGAUCCAGGCCCCCAUCCUGAGCCUGGGGAGGGAGAGCCCUUCAUCCCCAAGGGGCAGUAACACUGGGGCCAGUGAGCAGCGGCCGGCCUGCCACAGACUCUCCCACC